AUGGGAUUUAAACAAUCUGUACCUGAUAAUUCUCUGUUCACUAAAGGUGAGGGACACUCUUUCAUGGCUUUGCUAGUAUAUGUAGAUGAUAUAAUUGUUGCUAGUGCAGACAUAAAAGCCAUACAGGAAAUCAAAGGGCAACUCAAUGCCAAAUUUCAAAUAAAGGAUCUGGGAUCCUUGAAAUAUUUUUUAGGUCUAGAAGUUGCUAGACAAAGUAGAGGGAUUGCUGUAUGCCAAAGAAAGUACACUCUUGAAUUACUCAAUGAUACAGGAUUUACAGAUUGCAAGCCAGUUCAUAGCCCCACAGUUCCAUCCCAUAAACUCAGCAAGCAUAUUGGUGAGCCUCUUGAAGACAACACACUGUACAGAAAGAUAGUUGGAAAACUCUUAUAUCUAACUAUCACCAGACCGGAUAUCAGUUUUGCAACUCAGCAACUCUCUCAGUUCCUUGAUUGUCCCACUCAUUCACACCUACAGGCUGCUCAUAGAGUGCUUAGGUACAUCAAGGCUGCCCCUGCUCAAGGGUUGUUCUUUCCCUCUACAUCUGACUUAAAGUUGAAGUCCAAGAAACAAGUAACUGUGUCCAAGUCCUCAUCCGAAGCUGAAUAUAGGGCAUUGGCAGCUACAACUUGUGAAGUUCAAUGGAUAUCAUACCUACUGCAUGAGCUGGAAGUUAACACUAGUGCUCCCUCAGCUGUUUACUGUGACAGUAAAUCCGCCAUUGCCAUUGCAGAGAACCCAGUCUUCCACGAGCGCACCAAACACAUCGAACUUGACUGCCAUCUUGUCAGAGAGAAACUUAGCAAAGGAGUAAUCAAGCUGUUCCAUGUUGGGUCUGAAAAUCAGUUGGCAGAUACAUUCACUAAGACACAUUGUCCCAGUUCAUUCCACAAGUAUAUUUCCAAGCUUGGAUUGUUCAAUAUGUACUCUCCAGCUUGCGGGGGGCUAUCAAGAGACUAA